CAAGAAUAUCUGACAAAUCAGGGGACUGUGGUAAAGCCCUAUAGCUGGCAGAGGCAGAGCCACACCUGCACUAAGUGUCCCUACCACAUACGGACUGGGGAAGAAGCGAGAGUCCCUUACGCGGAAUCUGACAGGGUCUUUGGCUUCCCAUACAGAUCAACAGCAACUCUCCAAAACAAACACCUUCUCUUCUACGAACUGAGGAGUUUCUCAGGCAGAGUAGUCCAAAAAGGCCACGCUACAAACUGUACUGACCAAGGCAAGCAUCCAGAAUCUAUGCUCUUUGAGGUGGGCGGGUAUCUGGAUGCACUGACAGAUGCCCAUGGAAACAUCGGAUGCGUCAUCCUCUAUUCAAAUUACUCUCCCUGUAACGAGGCUUACCACUGCUGCCUAAGUAAAAUCUACAACUUCUUGCAGAAGUAUCCAGAAAUCACGCUCGCAGUAUUUCUCUCAGCUUUAUCACACAGGGUGGGUGGUUUCCCCACCGCCGCGGGGAACCGCGACGCUUUGCGCAGCCUCUCCAGCCGGUGGCCUGGGGCGGCUCUGCAGAGACUGCCUGCGGGGGCACGGCGUUACCUCCUCUGCGAUUUUGUGUGUGGCACCCCAGGGACAAGCCUUUGUCAGCCAGCUCCACUGCUGAGAACCUUAGCAGAUCGACAAAAUCCGCGUCCAAUGCCCAGCUUAACGGGAACAGACCGUAUUUUAGGAAAGCCUCUCCACCAGCGACGCAGGGAAGCCCUGCUGUGCCGCAGAACUUAA